CGAUUACGCCUUAAGCAGUCAUGUGUGUUAUCCUUGACAGACGGAAUGUUUAUGUCUUAUCCUGUCAAGUGUGAAAGUAUAUACCUGCGUACACUUGACAAACAACUUAACCAUAUCUGAUUGUAUUGGGAUUUAUAUUUUUGUUCGUUUUCGUAACUAGGUGUGGUUAGUACAAGACGAUAAUAAUGUCCGGACUUAGGAAAGCAAAGAAAUAUGACUGGAAAGAUUCGAACAUGGCCUUGUUUGGAUCAGAUACUGAGAAGAACGUCAAAAAGGAAUCCGCUUUAACUGAACCAGCUUGGAAAAACGCGGGUAAAGAAGUUGGACUUCAAAUCUGGAGGAUAGUUAAAUUUAAAGUAACCAACUGGGCUAAGGAUGAAUAUGGUAGCUUUUAUAAUGGAGACUCGUACAUCAUACUUAAUACUUAUAAAAACAAAGAUUCGGAUAAACUCUUAUAUGAUGUCCAUUUUUGGAUUGGGAAGUACAGCACUCAGGAUGAAUAUGGAACUGCGGCCUAUAAAACAGUAGAAUUGGAUACCUUAUUAGACGGUGUACCCAUUCAACACAGAGAAGUUCAAAAUAAUGAAUCAUCUAUGUUUAAAGCCUACUUUUCAGCAAUAACUCUAAUGGAAGGUGGUGCAGAAACUGGAUUCAGAAGCGCGCGACAACAAGCAGAAAUCAAACGACUGCUUCAUUUCCGUGGUGACAAAAAGGGCGUUGUAGUUCAAGAGAUUUUGCGGAAAAGAAGCAAAUUGGAUUCCAAUGAUGUAUAUAUAUUGGAUCUUGGCUUGCAAAUAUAUCAGUGGAAUGGUCAAAACUGUAACAAAGAUGAAAAAUUCAAGGCAAUGCAAUAUCUCCAAGAUCUGAAAAGCAAACGAAGUGGAAAGGCAUCAGUGGAGACACUGGAUGAAGUGGAUACACCUGAUUCACACAAAUUUUACAGCUUCCUUGAUCAGGAUGACGAGGAGGAUGAUGAUGAUCCAACAUAUGAGGCACAAAAAUUUAGAAAAACGUUACAUAGAUUGUCAAACGAGUCUGGUGAUUUACAAUUUUCAUUAGUUAGUGAUGGUACUGUUACAAGAAAUGACUUCAAAUCUCAGGAUGUCUUCAUCUUUGAUACACAGGGAGAAGUUUUUGUAUGGAUAGGUAGAAGAACAAGUGAAGACGAACGUAAGAACGGAAUGGCAUACGCUCAUAAAUAUCUAAUGGAAACAGAUCAUCCAACAGUACCAAUAACAGUUCUAAACGAAGGACAAGAAUCUAUGGUCUUCAAUUCUGCAUUGGGAAAUUAGGAAUUUAUAUACUAAAUAACUUUAAUAAUUUGCUUUUGAUAUAUAUUUAAAUAUACAUUUGCUGAGUCAUUUGACCAUUUAUACUUCACAAAUAUAGACUUACAAACAUUUCUUAUAUUUCUAUCAGGAACAUCGUUGUGUCUCAUGAAAUUCAAAAAUGAUAUUCUUGAGCCUAAAAGCGUCUUUCUGUUGUUGUUUUCAAUAAUUUUUAGCAGAAGUUGGUAUUGGAUAAACGAUGUUACAAACUCAUAUAAACAACAGAAGUAAUUAUAAGAAUAAUGUUGGAUACAUGAUAGUAACAGAAACCAAUUAACCAACAUAAAACGUUAACAAAGUACUGGACUGGAAUUAUUAAAAUAAUUCUUUAUUUGGUAGAACUUGAUUAAAAAGGAUAGCCAACAACCUUUGAGAAACUUUUAAAAAAGCAGUGAUAAAACACAUAUACAAUUCAUUUGACCAAAUAAUCCCGUUUGGUGCUAAUCUUCUUGCACAUUUUGUUACGGUUUGAUGGAGAGUUUCCAAAUACUGAUAUAAAUAUUAAAAUAGAUAUCAAAAUCAACAAGACAGUUGUCGUUGAUAGAACUAUGUAGUUCUUUCUUCCCUACUAAACAUUUUUAUUGGAGGUUCAAAAUUUUAUUUCAAAUAUUUAAGCAGUAAUUUGCUCGAAACUGUCAUAUUAUGUCAGUUAAGUGCAUGUCGUUUAUAAAUACAAAAACUCAAAAACUCAAAAACUUAAUAUUGAACAAUUCAUGUAAUUACUUAAAAUUAGAAUACCAGUUGAGUAGUUUGAUUUCAUACAACAAAUUGCAAUUGGGUCAGAAUUUUGAAUGAACUGCAAUAGCUGGAUAGAAACACUUACAAUCAAGUCACUUUAAAAAGUCCUCCGCUCGUAUGACAUUAUUAAAGAUGUAAAUGAUUGGUCAAACGACACUCAUGAUAAGAAACUUAACAUUUGAACGAAGUAAUUCCAAGGCCACAGAAAUAUACGACGCAAGACUGAGUUCAUGACAUCAAAAACUGCAGGUUACCGACUUGCGUGAAGGCUAACGCAACUGUUUAUCGAAUGUAGGACAGAAAGUCAUAGGACAAAAAGUAGAUUAUUUUCUUUGAAUAAGAAAUCACUAAUUUAAAAAAAAAAUUUUUUUGUAUUUUUCUUGAACUAUUGUAUACAUAAACCAACUUUGUGAACAAAAUUUAUUAAAGAAUAUCAAUAAUGAUCAAAUAAAUGUUUAGAAAACAAAAUGUCAAAGUGGCUUGGUACCUAAACGGCUUCAUGGUGCUAAAAAAUAUAUCCUUUGCAGGAUUAGAAUUAAUAAAUCUUCAUUUAUCAAGGCUAAUGAACAAUUUUCUAAACUGUAAAAAGAAUAUAUGUAAUAAAAAGUAAUUAUUUCAA